GUUCCAAUAGCCUCGUCGUUUUCUCCCCCGCUGUGCUGUCUUCCACAGAGCACGAGUGCUUGUAAAAUGUUCUGUUCUGCACGGUGGAGUGCCUUUUGGUUCUGUCUGAGCGAGCCCAUAGAAAUGGCCACGCACAGGGAUGUUAACCUGCGUUAGUCUGGGGUACCUCCUAAACUCCCCCGUCCCGUCCCCACGUCAGACAGACUUAAUAUGUCUUUUAUAGAGCUUCGACAAAAACAAGAAUCGAUUUAGUCAGUGACACGAAACACAAAGUAUAGGGGCUGAAACUCUGUUGGACUGGGAAAGAGUUCAGACUUCAUUAGAAAAAUGCAGACUUGGCAGGGAAACUAAAAACGGGAAAAUAUUUCGCAUGGUAAAGAAAUGAAAAAAGGACAGGGCGUCAAAUACCAGAGACCAGAGGGAGGAGCGAGAUAUCUGUUGAAGAGUUUUCUCAGAACGCAUGCCACUAACUAAGCGAAAUCAUGAAAAAUACGAGAAAUACAAAGUUGGAAUACUCCACUGAUUGGCUGCAAUCCUUGGAUUAACGACGUUAGAUGCCAUGGACAACAAAGCGCAUUGAGAAAAGUCGACUCCGCGCUCCAAACCAAACGGGUUGCCAAAUUUGGAUUUGCCUUUUUUUUUAAACGCAUUCUCCUCAGCAAGGUUGCAGUGGUCAAAUCAAUUGGUGGCCUGGUCCUUUGUUAGGACCCAAACAGCAAAGCCACUCUGUGGACUGUUUAGAUUAACGGGAAAACACGGGGAGUAUCGGAGAGCGAUGCAUCUCGGCAGAUCAGUGAUGUUUUUCUUGCUAGUUAACUGCGUGACCAUGACCCUAUCCAUAUCCACUUGUACAACCGUGGACAUUGAACACAUUAAGAAGAAGCGAAUGGAGGCGAUCCGGGGGCAGAUUCUCAGCAAACUGCGGCUGAUCAGCCCUCCGCAGGCCCUCGGUCCAAAUCCGGUCCCGUUUCAGGUGCUGGCACUUUACAACAGCACGAGAGAACUGAUGGAGGAGCUGGGGCAGCGGCGCGAGCAGAGCUGCGGACAGGACAACACGGAGACGGAAUACUACGCCAAAGAGAUAUACAAAUUCAGUAUGAUUCAAGGAGCCCCAGAAAACAACGAGCUGCCUCACUGUCCGAAGGGGAUCACCUCCAAGGUCUUCAGGUUCAACGUGUCCACCAUGGAGAAGAACUCCACCAACCUGUUCCGGGCAGAGUUCCGAGCGCUGAGGGUGCCCAACUCUGUGGCCAAGAAGAACGAGCAGCGCAUCGAGUUAUAUCAGAUCAUCGAGCAGGAUGAGCACAUAGCCAAGCAGCGCUUCAUCGGGGGCAAGAACGUGCUGACCAGAGGCGCUCCUGAGUGGGUGUCUUUCGACGUCACCGAGACCGUCAGGGAAUGGCUCAGCAACAGAGACUCUAAUUUGGGUUUGGAGAUCAGUGUUCACUGUCCUUGUCACACUUUCAAUCCCAACGGCGACAUCACUGAAAACGUCAAAGAGGUUCUGGAUGUUAAAUUUAAAGGCGUGGACGGUGACUACGAGGACACGUUCGGGCACCUGAAGAAGCAGGAGCUGAUGCCCCACCUCAUCCUCAUGAUGAUCCCGCCCCACAGACUCGACGCUCAGACCUCAUCGCGGCGACGCAAGCGCGCACUCGACACCAACUAUUGCUUCAAUAAUUACGAGGAGAACUGCUGUGUGAGGGAGCUGUAUGUGGAUUUCCGUCGUGACCUGGGCUGGCGAUGGAUCCACGAGCCCAGAGGAUACUACGCCAACUUCUGCUCCGGGCCCUGCCCGUACCUGCGCAGCGCAGACACCACACACAGCUCCGUGCUGAGUCUGUACAACACUCUGAAUCCGGAGGCGUCCGCGUCGCCGUGCUGCGUCCCCCAGGACCUGGAGCCCCUCACCAUCCUCUACUACGUGGGCCGCACCCCCAAAGUGGAGCAGCUCUCCAACAUGGUGGUCAAGUCCUGCAAGUGCAGCUGAGGAAUGCCGAGCCCCGACAAGCCGCACUGCACGCUCCCAUCAGAGCAGAGUGGAGUGGAGUGGAGCGGAGAGGAGCGGACCUGUACUGACUGUUACAGCCACCAUGUUGGACCACAGAGAGGAGGAGAGGAGAAGGA